AUGCUUGCACGUCGACUUACGUCUAAUCUUCGCCAUCUGAAACAUCUGAAGUACAGCACGAAUGCCCAAGAGCCUGGAAAAGUCAGAGCGAAAAUUGACCAGUAUGUAGACGUUUAUGAAGAAUUUAUUGGUGUAAAAACAGUAAGACAAGCUCAAGAAGAAGUAAUGAAAUGGGAGCGGAAGUUGAGUGAAGCACAGUUGAUCCGACGCGAGAAACAAGCAGAAAUCAACAAUAUUCAAUCUCGGUUAAAAGAAAUACAUUUCGAUUUGGAUAGAACAAGUCGAGGAGAAGACAAAUAUCUGCAAUUGCUCACAGAAGAACACCAAAUUAUCAAAAAAGAAAGGGAGCUUUUGAGUUCAUUUGAAGGUCUGGAAACAGCUGAACGAGAAGCGUUUCACCAACUUUCGAUGAGAGUUCGAUCGAGUCAUGAAAGGGAGCGAGAGCGAUCAGAGAAGACAAAAUGGUGGGGAGUAUCAGCAUCUCUACUAGGAGCAUUGCUUGGAAUCGCCGGAACUUCAAUUGGAAAUGAAUUGAGAAUGAGAAAAAUAAAGGAGAUGCUGCCAAUAGGAAGUGCUCAGAUGAGCGAAAUGGCAAAAGCUAUCGGAGAUCAAAAUGAGAAGGUGGCUGUAUUCCUGACCGAUAUGAGGAAAGCUUUGCAAUUAGAAGGGUCAAAGUCCCCAGAGGAAUUGCAACAGUCUGAUGUGAAGAAGGUCAGUGAUCUUGAUAAGCUACUGACAGCGAUUCGUGAGGAGAACGCCCGUCUAUCCCAAGAAAUGCGAGAACUCUCUCGACUAGCAAAGUUAGAAGCAGCUCUAGAUGCUGAUCCCACAGCUGUCGUUUACGUUGGCAGCGAUAUGGAACGUCUUCUGGAGCAGACCGAAAAGAAUAUUGAAUCGAAAAUGAAGUUGAGGACACUCCUCACCGUCGUCGUCAUCUACACCGCCGUCGCUGUUACUGCACCUUGGCUCUACGCUCUUUUCCGAGGAGAUUAA